AUGGAGUCGUGCGCUGGCCUAUGCUUUGCUGGCUUGGCGCUGUGGGCCAUCCGCAGAAAGCGGAAGCACAAGGUUCAAGCGGUGAUCUUCGACCUCGAUGGUACGCUCAUCGACUUUGAAGGUGCGUCGCACGAGGCGCUUGAGGCGCCGCUGAAGCGCCGGAACCGGACGCUGCCCUGGGCAGUUCAUGGGAAGAUCGUGGGGCGCAAGGCAGAGGACUGGUCGCGGCAGAUUCUGGAGGAGCUGGCCGUGCCGGCGGAAGUCCUAAGCCCCGCGGACUACGUCAAGGAGUACAUGCAGGACAUCAAGGAGCUCUACCCGUCCAUUCCGCCCUGGCCCGGCACUCUGGCGCUGCUGAAGCAGCUCAAGGCCAAAGGCUUCCCGCUGGCCAUUGCCACCAGCAGCCCCAGGCCUUCCUUUGACCUGAAGAUGCAGCAUCACCAGGACAUCCUGCGCCUCAUGGAUGCCGUGGUCUGUGGGGAUGAGGUCGCCAAGGGCAAGCCAGCGCCCGACAUCUUCCUCGAGGCUGCCCGGCGGCUGGGCAAGGAUUGCUCCAGAUGCCAACUUCAGCCCAUUGAGCGGGCUGCCCUCUGGUUUAUGGACAUCCGAGAUUUGGUUCCCAGAUUCCUACGGAUCAGGAUUUGCCAAGCCUUCGAUCAGGCCUUCGAUCAGGCCUUCGAUCAGGCCUUCGAUCAGGCCUUCGAGCAGGCCUUCGAUCAGGCCUUCGAUCAGGCCUUCGAUCAGGCCUUCGAUCAGGCCUUCGAUCAGGCCUUCGAUCAGGCCUUCGAUCAGGCCUUCGAUCAGGCCUUCGAUCAGGCCUUCGAUCAGGCCUUCGAUCAGGCCUUCGAUCAGGCCUUCGAUCAGGCCUUCGAUCAGGCCUUCGAUCAGGCCUUCGAUCAGGCCUUCGAUCAGGCCUUCGAUCAGGCCUUCGAUCAGGCCUUCGAUCAGGCCUUCGAUCAGGCCUUCGAUCAGGCCUUCGAUCAGGCCUUCGAUCAGGCCUUCGAUCAGGCCUUCGAUCAGGCCUUCGAUCUUCCAAGGUUUUCAUUGAUCAAGCCUUCGCUCUCUCCGGCUCCGAGGUUCGAGGACUCCCCGCUGGGCAUCCAAGGCGCGCAGGCGGCCUCGGCCCUCAGCGUGGCCCUGCCGGACCCCAGGCGCGGAGAGGUCCGGGGACCGGCGGAUGCGGAACCGUCCGAUGCGUAG